CUUGGACCCACUCUUUUCCGUUCUCUAACUCUACGUACAAUAAUGUCAAACUACGUUGAUCCUUCCGCUCUCCACCACUCUUCCCCACUGUCAGCCACUUCUCCACUGUCAGCCACAUCUCCAGAACCAGAAGCUGGGCCUUCCCGCAAGCGUCCUCGCACAGAAACAACUUCAGAGGACCGCAAGGAGGCCCGAGCCCACCGUAAUCGUAUCGCCGCCCAGAACUCGCGCGAUCGCCGCAAAGCUCAAUUCUCCUACCUUGAGCGCAGGGUCGCCGAGUUGGAGGAGGAGAACCGCCGCCUUCGCGCUGGGAUACCGGCACCCACACCCGCACCUCUUAUUCCCGUUUCUUCCACCCGUGACGACCAACGGGAACGGGAGAAUGAAGAGCUCAAAGAGCGAAUCAAGACUCUUGAACAAGGAUGGGAAGCUGUUAUCAAGGCGCUUGCCGCUCAGGGUGUUCAGACUUUCUCUGCUCCCCAAGCUCCAGCUCAAACAACACCUACGACUGCGCCUUCUUCGUCAACACCUUCAAUCUCAAUGGACACAAGUUUCACCACUGCCUUUCCCUCCCCUGCUCCCUCACAUUCCUCCCUCGACCUCACGCCCUCUGCCUUCACCACCUCGACAACAACAGAGUCUGAGUCCACGGGUGGUCUCACCGCGCUUGAUCUCAUCUCACUCUUCUCCUCUGGUGAAACAUCAUCUAUCAGUACUCCGGACACCAAGGACGAGGACGACGCAAGCAUGGAUGACUUCUUCCGCGAGAUACUCGUCCCUUCACCAUGCCUCGCGAACACGGCCCUGCCUGAUUUUGAUGCCCUCAUCCAAACGUCGUCGGCGGCCUCCUCAUCCGCCCCGACGCAAGUGAGUGGAGAGAGGGAAGAGGGGGUGGUGGUUGGUCGUGAUGGGGUUUUGGAUAUACACUUUGGAGAUGAAAGGUCGACAAGUGAGGCGGAUUGGGUGGACGAGGUGGGGAUACAUAGGCUUUUGGAGGAGAUGGCUGGUAUGAACGAGGAGUCUUCUGCGGGGGAUAUGUAUGCGGGCUUGGGCCUCGAUAUGACGCAUGGGUGGGAUAUGGCGGCGGCUGUUGACGUGUUUUGA